UUUCAAACCCGUGACAGGGUCCUGAGACCCCACCCCAUCUUCCACAUCUCAUUUCCAGCUGCAGAUUAUUGUACUGCAGAACCUGGACCCAGGAAAGGAACUCACUUGCCGCCCAUUCCGCCCUCGCCGGGCAGGUGGCGGGCAGGGUGAGGCCUUCCCUUUCCCAGUCUCCCGCGCGUCCCCCCGGGGACCCUCCGCCGCCCGGACCAUGGCGCAGAAGCCCAAGGUAGACCCCCACGUCGGGCGGCUGGGAUACCUGCAGGCGCUGGUCACGGAAUUCCAGGAGACGGAGAGCCAAGACGCCAAAGAGCAAGUCCUCGCCAACCUCGCCAACUUCGCCUAUGACCCCAGCAACUACCAGUAUCUGCGGCAGCUGCAGGUCCUGGAUUUAUUCCUCGAUUCACUGUCGGAGGAAAAUGAGACCCUGGUGGAGUUUGCUAUUGGAGGCCUCUGCAACCUGUGCCCAGACAGGGCCAACAAGGAGUACAUCCUGCAGGCAGGAGGCAUCCCACUCGUCAUCAACUGCCUGUCCAGUCCCAACGAGGAAACGGUGUUGUCUGCUGUCACCACGCUCAUGUACCUGAGCUCGCCAGGCCCUGCCCCCCACCCUGAGCUGACCACCAUGGCCGUUGUCCAGUGCAUGUUGCGCUUCUCUCUCUCAGCCAACACGAGGCUCCGGAACCUGGCCCACAUCUUCCUGGAGGACUUCUGUUCCCCAAGCCAGGUGGCCGAGGCCCGCAGCUGGCAGGCUCACUCUGCCCUGGGUAUCCCACUGCCAAGAACCGAAGCCCCACAGCAGCCCUGGUCCAAGGAAGUCCCAAGACCGUAGCACCCCUACUGCUGAAGACUGUAGCCCUGGUGGCAGCGGAGGAAGCAGGGGGAGCACAACUCGGCACUUUCUGCCAAAGUGGUGCUUUUCCAGCCAUUUUAAAGGUGAAUUUUUUCAGCACAACAGGUGUUUACACGGUGAUGAAAAGGCAUUUAGGAGUGAGGAAGCCAGACUUUGAGACACAUGGAGAAGGAAAUCAAAGCUGGUGCCAUUUUUGUAGGCUGGCACUGUCAACAAACUGGUGGCAAAGGUCCUUCCUCCAGCAGCACCCCACUGCCAGGCUCACACCCUCAUCUGAGAACCAGCCAGUUCCCUGGAUCCAGAGGCUUUGCACAGGGGCGUUCUCAUGGAGAGCCGCUGGGACUGAGACUUAGUAGAGUUGUCUACCCUCGAGGAAGUAGGGGAUGUCCCUUAACACAGGUGUCUGGAGUAACUUUGAAGGAUAGAAACGAGAAGCCUGGUGGUUAAAAGGAUCUCAGGCCCUGGGAAGCUGGGAAGGUGUCAUGCCCCCUCCAGGCUGUGGAGGACAGAUACCUCCUGUCAGCCUCUCCAGGCUGGGCAUUUGUACAUGGUGGACACUAACCUGGAGGAACUGUCCAUCCAGCCCUACUACCUGCUAGGCACCAUGUGAGGGAUUCAAAGAUGAAGAUGUCGCUGCCCUCGCGUGACGCAGCCCAACGACAAUAUGGCCAUCAGACAUUAAGACCAAGGCCAUGUGCGCUGUGGCAUCAGAAUAAACACAGAAGCCCUUGUAGCUGCGUCUUCUCCCCUCAGCACCCCAGGGCCCCUGACUGGAAGCCUUGGCCCUCCUCUGCUGUCACCGAUAGUGGGGGAGUUUCUGCCCCUAGAAGUGGACCUCAGACUCACAGUGGGAUGGGGAUGUGAGUGAAAGAGUGACUGAUGUUCAAGAGGACAGGAAUGGAGAGCAACAUAACGUGUGUGUUUCAGUGUCCACAGAGCGUGUGUGUGUGCACUGCGCUAGCCAGUGGAGGAAGGAACAUGGACACGGUGCAAAGUUGGGGUUCAGGAAAAAUGGCAGGAGCGUCCUGGCCUCCCUUCUGCACUCCCUUAACGUUGACUCCUUAGAUGGCCAAGGAAAAGCAAGUGCUAGAGGAAUGGUGUCCAAGCGGGCAUGGAAGUGGGACAGACUCUGGGGGCACUGCACUAAGGAGAGAGAAGGGAAGGAAGGGCUCCUCGUCAGCCCCUGUUCCAGCCACCCCCACUCAGGGCUCCUGUCCCUUUACUUUUCCAAAUAAAUAAAGAGUAUUAAAAGA